UUCUGUGAAGGUUGCUGGGACAGUUUCAAAGAGUUUUACAGAGUGAGGCAUAAAAGCAAAACUGUAUUCAAAUUUAAAAAAAAAUACAUAAAUUAUUUUCUUUAAAUGUGACAACACCAGAAAAAUAGAUGUUAAAAAGGAUGAGUGAGUAUUACUAUACAACAGUUUAUACAGUGAAGUGCGAUAUUGCGGUUUGACAUCACUCCACUCCACCUCUCUCUCUCACACACACACAUACUCACAUAUACUCUCUCUCUUUUUCUCUCACUCUCUCUCCCUCCGACACUUUUACCCCCCUGCUCCCGCUACAGUAUGUCUCUUUGGUAGCCAAAGUAGCUUCCUGAACCGAUCCACCGCAGUGCCUGGGACAGACGGAGUGAAAGAGAGAGUGAGGAAUUUUAGAGGAUGGGUAAGGGGGCUUAAGGGAAAACACACAGAGGAGAGAGGAAGAGAGAGAGAGAGAGAGAGAGUAACAAGGAAAGGGGAGAAAGGAGAGGAGAGAGUGAGAGGAGAGACCAAAACCCAGCAAGCCUCUCUGGUGUGAGGUUUCUUGGCUUACUGACGUGUGCGCACGACUCUCGUGGCACGAUGAGUACGUGUAGCAGCCGUGCGUUGACCAUCCUGUCCACAGUGUUCGGCGCCUGCGGACUGUUGCUGGUCGGGGUGGCCGUGUCCACGGACUAUUGGCUCAUAAUGGUGGAGGGAAUCAUCCUACAGCAGAACCAGAGCCAGGAGGUGAAGAUGGCGCUCCAUUCAGGCCUCUGGAGAGUUUGCUUUGUGGCUGGAUCAGAAAAUGGGAGAUGUGUUGCGUCAGAGUAUUUCACCGAGCCCGAUAUAGAGAUCACCACUGAAAACACUGCGAACAUCCUGAAGAUGGUGCGUACGGCCACGCCCUUCCCGAUGGUGUCGCUGCUCUUUGUCUUCACUGCCUUCGUCAUCAGUAACAUCGGACACAUCCGACCUCAGCGCACCAUCCUGGCCUUUGUGUCCGGCAUCUUCUUCAUCCUCUCAGGCCUCAGUCUGGUGGUGGGGCUGGUGCUCUACAUCUCCAGUAUUAAUGACGAGGUGAUGAACCGUCCCAGAGAGCCUGAGCAGUUCUUCAAUUACCACUACGGCUGGUCCUUUGCCUUCGCUGCCUCUUCCUUCUUACUCAAAGAGGGGGCCGGUGUGAUGUCAGUCUAUCUGUUCAUGAAACGUUAUGCAGAAGAAGAGAUGUACCGCCCCCACCCUGCGCUCUACCGCCCCCGCUUGUCCGAGAGCAGCGACUAUAGCGGCCAGUUCCUCCAACCAGACUCCUCCUGGCCUCCACCAAAACGUGGACGCAGCACCUCUGAGGCCUCCAGCGACAUCUCCAUCCAGCUUAACCAGACUCCGCCAGCCCCAUCAAAAAGCAACCUCCAAGCGGGGGGACCGGGCAGCCCACCCUCCGGCUCUUCUUCUGCAGGAAGCUACCAGAUGCCCCCACAGCCUACCGGUUAUCCCUCCACACACACCCUGCCCAGGUCUCACUCCUCACAUCCCCAGGGCCAGGCUCUUCCAAUGGCCAUGCCUCCAUCACCCGUACCUCCCCCUCAUUAUCACACACACGUGCACAUGAGCGCUUCCCCCUGUUAGGAAUAAGGAGCUUCAGGAAGGAAAGUAGACUCUUCAUAAUCAUGUACAUUUAUAUGUAAUGACAGUAAAUGUUGAGCUUGAAUUGCAGAUCAUGUCAGAGGAAGUGGAAGGAGACCAAAUAUGUUUUCAAAUGUUAGUUUUGGAGCAAAUAUGAACAAAGGCAGUUUUGGAGAUCGAAAGUUAAGCUUUAACAAAAACUGUGGACUGAGAGAAACAAAUAGGACAAAACAUGGAAGAAGGGAGAAAUAAAUGGGAGGAAAAAGUGAUUCCUAGAAAGACAUAGAAGGUUAAGCUGAGUUACAGAGGAGAUACCAGCAAGGGGGAGUGAGGCAGGCAGAGCGUGGGGCUGCGGUAUAAUACAGAGAUACUGCAGUGCUGCAGGAAAUUUGUAUGCACUUGGAAAUGUACAAUGCAAAACACUCUUCACAAAGACUGAGAAUGCACAUAGCUUUUUUUUUUUUUAACAUACAUAUACUAUGCCAAUACAUGAACUAUGUACAUUUUUACAAAAUGGCAAAUGCAGUUAAAUAUUCUCUUGUCUUCUCUGAAUUUAGUAAAUCAUCAAUUCAGUUUCACAACUCACACUGUCAAGUUAGAGUGAUCAAUAUCAUGAAUUAAAAAUAGUUUUAAAAAGAAGUUAAGUAAUGCUGAAUUGAGAAAACUGUGUAUGAAUAUCGUGUGAAAAGAAAAAAAACACAGAAAUGGAUGAUACAAUGAAACAUCGUCAGGAGAAAUCAACUUACUGUUUUACAUCUUUGUAUAAGAUACAAAUUUCUAACUUGCUGUAUAUAAUUGCUCACGAGGGUGUCUGUAGUAAACUGUAAAUGAAGCUUUGGCACAAAUUACAUCAACGAAAGGUCUGACUCAUUCUGCUUUGGAGGAAGACUCUGCAACAGGCGCACCACAAUCAACAACACGCCCUCAGGAUGCAGGCAUGCUGGUUUGAAGGAGGAACCACCCAACAAUGAUACGGGGGCUGAUGCCCUCUACUGGCCACUGUCCUGCACUGACCUCGGUAGCAGCCAUGGGUCUGGUUCACUACUUUAAUGCACUCUUCCUGCUUCCCUGACCUCCACUGUGUGUCUAUGGCUGGUGCAGCACAGAUGACAAAGUUACACUCAUGUAAGGAAUGUAUGACGAUGACAAGACGAGUGUUUGUGAACGAUACAAAUCAGGAGUGACACAUAACUUUAAAGACUGAUUAGAAAGAUUUUUAAAGCUUUGUAGCUGUAAAUAUCAAUCUGGAAAAAGUCACAACUAAGUAUUAAUUGCAUUUUUACUUGCUGCUUAACGAACAGCGGCACUCACCAUUAAAGGCAACAUUUAAUUUAACAUUUAAUUAUCGCAGCAUUGUUUGGCAGGCAUUUGUGACAGCAUUAGCACAAUGUUUUUAGAAUAUCUGAAAUAAUGUGAAAAACUAAAAAAUAUAAUAUUGAUCUCUUUCUGUGUGUUGAUGAGUCUCUGAGUGAUCCCUGUGUCUAUGAAAUGCCGACAAAUGACAAUUAAAAAUUUGUUAUAAUUUUUCA